AGAGAGCCCUGCUGUCGCUCUCUGCCUCACUGAUUCCUCCUCCUCUGAAGGCAACGGAUGGCUGCUCUCCCCCCUCUGCAUGGGCACCGCAGGAUGUGAAGGGGCACCAUGGGUUUUAUGGAAUUUUACCUCGAGAUUGAUCCCGUCACGCUCAACCUCAUCAUCCUGAUCGCCAGCUACGUGAUCUUGCUCUUGGUCUUCCUGAUCUCGUGCAUACUCUAUGACUGCAGGGGCAAAGAUCCCACCAAAGAGUACGCGCCAGAGCCUCCCGCCGCCCCCAGCCAAUCUCCCAUCAGACUGGUGGUCAUGCAAGGUUCGCCUGCUUCGGGCCGCUGGGACCAGAACAACAUGGUCACAGCGUACGAGACGCCAGCCACCGACGUGCAGGAGAAGAGGAGCACGUUGGUCUGAAGCAACGGACAUGCGGGUGUCCUUUGCAGCUGCGUACUCCCA